AUGUGGAAAAUAAUUUUAUUAGUGCUGCAUCUUACAGACAAGUGUCUACCGAUGAUGCAAGACUUCACAUUUGAUGUCAACGACAUUCUAAACGAAAAUUUAAUGCCUGCAUCAUUAAUGCUGAUUGAAGAGCGAGACCACAAUGAAUGGAAAAACUUAUCAUCACAAAAACUGGACGAUGAAUUUCAAUGCAUAACAAAAGGAAAAAUCAAGGAUGAUGGAAGCUUUCCGACAGCAUUACACUCUAUGGUUUAUCAUCGGAAAAUGAUAAAUGAGUUUCUGUGCAGUAAAUUUGUUGCUGAGAAGAUACUUGAGAAUAUUCAGCCAAAACAAAUGUUCAAGAGAAGAAUGGGAGUUAUGGACACACCGGAUGAGCUUGAGAAGAAUAAUUCAUUGUUGGUGGAUGAUGGAGUUGUUAGGGAACGGAUGUUGUUUGAUGAAGGAUCUUAUCAGUAUAAGAAUUGGCUGGCAAAGACAACCACAUUGAAUGACAUAUAUCGAACGAUGGGAAUUAGUCGAAACUUCAAUGAAAAUAGCCAAAGCCCAGUCGAUAGGCACUUAAAUGUUCGAAACGAGCAAUAUAUUGAUGAUACGAAUGAUGAUGAGUAUGAGGAAGGAGAAGUAAAUGGAUAUAUGGUGCAGCGACCUCUUGUAAACAGUGGCUUUGUUCCAAAUCAAAAUAUUAAUGCUCUAAAUGCGAUAAAUGCAAACGAAAAGACUGGAUAUCAAUAUGCGCAACCAUCAGCACCUCAACAAGAGACUUAUUCACACGUAAAUUACCAUCCAUCACCACCAAUAUAUAGUGGAGGUCAUGAAAUGAAAGUGGUAAACAUUAAAGAUGUCUUCGAGAUAGCAUUAACCACAUUAGCAUUCUUAUCAUUCGGAAUGUUCAUCGUUCAAGUCAUAAUGUGCAUAUCUAUGGCAAAAAAUAAUGAAAUGUUGAUGCCAAUGGAAGUGACUGGCGAAGGUGAAGUGGAGGCAGCUGAACUAGAAGUUCGAGUUAAGAGAUCUGUCGAUCAUUUUGACCCAAAUAUUCAGCAAGUCAAUGAAAUUUCAAGACGUGCACUUCGAUCAUUUGAAGCAUUCCUAGUCGUCAAACAUGAUAAAGGGCAGUGCUUAAAAAAGUAUAUCUGCGAAAAUAACAAAUUUUCAAGGAAAACUGUCGACCUUCAAAAAUAUUUAAUUCCAAUAUUAGGACUCGGUUUAAGCUGGGUGUCAAAUAAGAUAACAAAUCAGCCAAUCACAGCGAAUCUAGACAAUUUGCAGGCAUCAAUUAUUGGCCUAGGUAAUGGAAGUUGUACACGCUUCAAAUGCGAUAUAAAAUUUUUGAAUCACAUGAGAAAGUAA